AACUGUUGUAAAGAAAAAACAAUUUGAUUAUUACGUUUGAAUGAGAGAGAGGAAGAAGUGAGGGUGGAAGAGGGUUAAAGAAAGAGAGGAGGGGGAAAGAGAGCUAGAGAAAGAGAGGAGAGUGGAAAGAGAGCUAGAGAAAGAGAUGAUAGUGGAAAGAGAGCUAGAGAAAGAGAUGAGGCUUGAAAGAGAGCUAGAGAAAGAGAGGAUAGUGGAAAGAGAGCUACAGAAAGAGAGGAGGCUGGAAAGAGAGCUACAGAAAGAGAGGAGGCUGGAAAGAGAGCUAGAGAAAGAGAGGAUAGUGGAAAGAGAGCUAGAGAAAGAGAGGAGGCUGGAAAGAGGGCUAGAGAAAGAGAUGAGGCUGGAAAGAGAGCUAGAGAAAGGGAGUAGGCUGGAAAGAGAGCUAGCGAAAGAGAGGAUAGUGGAAAGAGAGCUAGAGAAAGAGAGGAGGCUGGAAAGAGGGCUAGAGAAAGAGAGGAGGCUGGAAAGAGGGCUAGAGAAAGAGAGGAGGCUGGAAAGAAAGCUAGAGAAAGAGAUGAGGCUGGAAAGAGAGCUACAGAAAGAGAGGAGGCUGGAAAGAGAGCUAGAGAAAGAGAGGAUAGUGGAAAGAGAGCUAGAGAAAGAGAGGAGGCUGGAAAGAGGGCUAGAGAAAGAGAGGAGGCUGGAAAGAGGGCUAGAGAAAGAGAUGAGGCUGGAAAGAGAGCUAGAGAAAGAGAGUAGGCUGGAAAGAGAGCUAGAGAAAGAGAAAGAAGAGAGGAAGGUUGAGAACGUGAGAAACUAAAUAUGUCCGCAUAACACGGUUCUUUAUGAAUACAGUCAAUGUUGGUCCUCUAUGAAUGUAUUAGUCAAUGCGU